GAGGAUCGGCGUCUGAGGGAUUUCCUCCCCCCUAUUGUUCUUACCCCUCGGCGCCCCCGUUAAUCUCCCCUCACGCUGGGGUGGGGGCGAGCGGGGGGACCCCCCCACUUCUGCCGUUACAUGGUGAGGUGGAGACGCCGCCAGCACCCAGAGAAUGGUGAAUAACACUGAAGACCCUCAAGAGGCUUUGUAACGUCCCAUCUCCAUGUAAAGUAUGCUCAGAACUUUUCCAGUAGUUCUGCUGGAAACCAUGUCUCACUAUACAGACGAACCAAGAUUUACCAUAGAGCAGAUAGACCUGCUUCAGCGCCUGAGACGUACAGGGAUGACCAGACAUGAAAUCCUCCAUGCGCUGGAAACCUUGGAUCGUCUCGAUCAAGAACAUAGUGACAAAUUUGGAAGAAGGUCUAGCUAUGGAGGUGGUUCCUACAGCAACAGUACCAACAAUGUCCCAGCAUCUUCCUCUACAGCCACAGCUUCAACACAGACCCAGCAUUCUGGGAUGUCCCCAUCACCGAGCAACAGUUACGACACCUCCCCACAGCCUUGCACUACUAAUCAGAAUGGGAGGGAGAGUAACGAGAGGUUGUCUGCCUUCAAUGGGAAGAUGUCGCCUACCCGCUACCCGCUUGCAAACAGCUUGGCUCAAAGGUCAUACAGUUUUGAAGCUUCUGAAGAGGACUUGGACAUUGAUGACAAAGUGGAGGAGUUGAUGAGGAGGGACAGCAGUGUGAUAAAGGAGGAAAUCAAAGCCUUUCUAGCCAAUCGGAGAAUUUCCCAAGCAGUUGUUGCACAGGUAACAGGUAUCAGUCAGAGCCGGAUCUCCCAUUGGCUGUUGCAGCAGGGGUCAGACCUGAGUGAACAAAAGAAAAGGGCAUUUUACAGAUGGUACCAGCUUGAGAAGACAAAUCCUGGGGCUACAUUAAGCAUGAGACCUGCUCCUAUCCCAAUAGAAGAGCCAGAAUGGAGACAGACACCUCCCCCAGUCACAGCUACCUCUGGGACCUUCAGACUACGGCGAGGCAGUCGGUUCACAUGGAGAAAGGAAUGCCUGGCUGUUAUGGAAAGUUACUUCAAUGAGAAUCAAUAUCCAGAUGAGGCAAAGAGAGAAGAAAUUGCCAACGCCUGUAAUGCAGUUAUACAAAAGCCAGGAAAAAAGUUAUCAGAUUUGGAGCGAGUUACCUCCCUGAAAGUGUACAAUUGGUUUGCCAACAGGAGAAAGGAAAUCAAGAGAAGAGCCAAUAUCGAAGCAGCAAUCCUGGAGAGCCAUGGAAUAGAUGUACAGAGUCCGGGAGGUCACUCCAACAGUGACGACGUUGAUGGCAAUGACUACUCAGAGCAGGACACUUGGCAAGUACGCAAUGGGGAGGAGGAGGGAAGAUGUUCAGAGGGAGGCAGAGAAGCAGAGAAGGUAGAAGAAGACAGGAGGAUCAGCUCCAAACAAGCAAGUUACACCAUUCACGCCACACGCAACGAUGACAGCACUAGCCAUAGUGACCAUCAAGACCCCAUUUCAUUAGCCGUGGAAAUGGCGGCGGUAAACCACACCAUCUUGGCACUGGCCCGGCAAGGAGCCAACGAGAUCAAGACAGAGGCUCUAGACGACGACUGAUACAAAGAAAGGGGAGGGUCAAAGCAAGAAGUAACUUAGUUUUAGACGUAGCACCUUAGCAGACUUUCCUCAGUCCUUAAUAUGUGUUCUUACAGUAUAACUUUGCAGUUUCUUGUACGUCAGUUAGCUGUUAGGGUCUUGUUCUGUGAAGAUGGCAUGGUGCCCUCAGCCUUUGCGUAUACUCUCUCAGUAUUAAUUCCCAAUAAAUAAUCAAUCAACCAAUCAACCUCCCUCUCCCAGCCCCAGUGGCUAGAAAAAUCUUGCUGCUCUGUCUUAGCAUUCAAAGUGCUUCCAGGUAUUUUAGACAGCCCUCAAUUACAAGUCUUAUGCUACACUUAAAAUCUUGGAUACCCUUAGAGAUUGUGUUUAAAAAAAAAAAAAGGAAAAAAAAAUAAGUAGUCUGUACGCUUUUCCUUCUCUGAGACUGAAAGGAUGCAAGCUGAGGUAGUGGCACAGGGUCGAUGGACACCAGAUUGGAAGUUUCAACAGAGAGUAAAAAGAACACUAGAAACCCCACCUCAGCGUGGGAAUAAAUGAUUUCCAGCUGCAAUAAGCCGUGCCUCACUGGUCAUACAGUGACUUGAUCUACUUUUGGGUGCUGUGCUGAGAAUGUCCAUUGGAAACACAUUCACAUAGUUUCGGUUGAUGUUCACAUAUUCAACACAGACAUCCUCUGCUCUCACAAGCUGCGUGGCUUAGUGGAUAAGUACUGCCUUCUGCCUCUGGGACCAUAAUUGAAGCCUAGCCUGGGAUCCUAUGAAAAAUGAGCUGAAUGUCUAAUGGACACCAGUCCACUUCUCAAAACCACUAUUCAUUUUUUGGCAUGGCUAGCAGUGCCUGCUCAGAAGAGGUUUAGACUCUGUUGAUCCGUCAUUAACAAUUCCACCUUUUAUUCUUCCUCUCGCCUUUUCUCUCCCCACCCUACUCCCCUCUCCACUUUGCCACUUUCAAAAGCAAUGCUUUCCAGGAAGGUUAUAAAGGUCAUAAAAUGGGUAAGAGUGGAUUUUUCCACAUCUGUGCAACUAAUGCCAUUGUCCUGACUAGCCUGAAAGGUUAUCGGAGAACUUUUGCAUCUGACCUUUGCUAGAUAACCAUCGUAGCAGAAAUAUUCUCCUAAACACAAGCUUUUUGUUUGUUUGUUUAAAGGCAGGAGGAUCUCUUACCUGAGAAAUGGGGUGUGAAUAUUUUGUGUUCUCUUUACUCUGUCCUUGUUAAGACGUGAGAAAGCUAUACUGCUACGAGCAAUUUAAUUAAUAAUUGGAAGCCAUACUAAUAAUGGAUGUGGUAAUAUUUGUAAAGCAAACCUACUUUAAGUAGCAGAAACUAAUGGAAUUGUUUUCCUUGAUCAUAUGUAGCACUUUUGUUACUUUUUUUCUUAAAGAUAUUUAUAUUUGAUAACUCUUUUUUUUAUCAUUUGAGAAUUCAAAAUACCAAACGGCAAACUUGCAUUACAGAGUCACCCUGCGAUCACCUUGUCAUCUAGUAUCUAAAUGAUGAACUGUGUGUGCAUCUCAGAAAAUUACAUCUGCUGGCAUUGUGUGGAAAUGAUCUCCUGGCAUCCUGAUAAAAUGAUAUGUUGCUGCCGGUAAGAGGAAGCAUUUCAAUGGAAACGGCACUGGAAGUGUUAGAGACGGGCAGGACUGUGUUACAUUAAAAAAACCCCUAAAAUUAAAAACCUAUGUAAAUGGUGGUAUCUAGACCUAUAAAAAUUUGCAUAGUGUUUUCUCAACAUUCCAUUUUGUAUCUUCCCAUAAGAUUGUUGUGGCAUCAGCUUAAAAAGAGGAAAACGACUUAGUCUGAAGGAUGAGUUUCCCUUUCUCCCCUCCACGUCGAAGGUGGAGGGAAGUUGCUUUCACUUGUCCUCAUCCCUUCCUCACGCUUCACUAUCGGGUAGCAUUGCGAGCUCCUAAAAUGUGGCUUCUCAGCAGGUUUCUAGCCAGCCUAAACCCCUUCAAGGCAUGGGCUAACUAGAUCAUCUUUACAUCUGUUAAUCUUGUGAAAAUUGCUUAGGUAAGUGCGGAGGAGAUUUCGUGCUUUCAGAGGGCACGGAGCUGGCACCUCUUUGUCUCUCUAACUUUGAAGAUAUAUAGGUAGGGCUUGGCCUCGUCUUUCAUUUAUGGAUUUCAUUGGAAAAUUUAUGUGCUUUCCUUAGAUAUAGAUCACCGAAGCAGAAUGAAGCCGUCUUUUUUUCUGUUUUAUUGCAUUUCUUGAGUAGGCAAAUUCCUAAGUAGCAUCAGGGCAGACUCAGGAAAGAAAGGAACUGGAUCAGCAACCAUUGCAGCACUGCAGUUUUUUUCUUAAUGUGCAUAUGAAUGUUUUGGUACUAAGGAGUGAAAGGAUGGGGAGAGCUUUUAUUUCUAUUUUUGCACAGCAGAAUGAUCGAGCAAACUAUAGCCUUAGUGGAAUUUUACCUACUUACUCAUUCCACAGUCACACACCAAGCUGACAAGCAACAUCCACGAUUUAUAGUAAGGAGAUUUUAAUAAUCGAUGACCUCUUUACGUUGAGCUUGCCACCGCCAUUUGUUCUGGCUGUUUCAUUUUAAAAAGGACAGGCUCAAACUGUUGGACAGCUGCAAUUUUAUAAGAAAUAUUGCUUGCUAUACCAUCCUCCAAAAAGAAAAAAAAAAAAGGCAUUGUUUCAAGCAUCAUCUUUUUAAAGCAAUAGGGAAAAAUAACAAUAGCACCAGAACAUUUAUAUACUGAUUAUAGGUUCAUGUGAUGCAGGAUUAAUAGAAAAACCACA